GCAACAUCCAACGUGUUUGCCAUGUUUGACCAGUCACAGAUUCAGGAGUUCAAAGAGGCCUUCAGCAUGAUUGAUCAGAACAGAGAUGGUUUCAUCGACAAGGAAGAUUUGCAUGAUAUUCUUGCUUCUCUAGGGAAGAAUCCCACUGACGCAUACCUGGACGCCAUGAUGAAUGAGGCCCCGGGGCCCAUCAAUUUCACCAUGCUUCUCACUAUGUUUGGUGAAAAGUUGAAUGGCACAGAUCCCGAAGAUGUCAUCAGAAAUGCUUUUGUUUGCGUUCAUGAAGAAGCAACUGGCACCAUCCAGGAAGAUUACCUGAGAGAGCUGCUGACAACCAUGGGAGGUCAGUUUACAGAUGAGGAAGUGGAUGAGCUGUACAGAGAAGCAUCCAUUGACAAAAAGGGGGAUUUUGAUUACAUUGAGUCCAUGCACAUUCUUAAAACAUGGAGCAAAAGACAAGGAUGACUGAAAGGACUUCAGCUAAAACCUUCCAAUUAUGUUUUCUUACUCUAUUUUAUUUCCCAGACACUUCCCCCACCUUCACAGAACCUGUUGCAUGCAGUUUAG